GCCGGCAUAAAAUAACAAUUUCAUUCACAUUUGUUAUUAUUGCUGCCAAAAGGUUUUGUAAACUGCAUUUUUUUAAAUCAACUAUUGAAAAUGUCCCGCAAAGAGGCCUUGUCGCAGUUCAUCAAUCAGAUUCAUGGUCGCCCCGUCGCCGUAAAGCUAAACAACGGCGUUGACUACCGAGGUGUGCUGGCCUGUCUGGAUGGCUACAUGAACAUCUGCCUGGAGCAGACGGAGGAGUACGUGAAUGGGCAGCUGAAGAAUAAAUACGGCGACGCCUUCAUCCGCGGCAACAAUGUCCUCUACAUUUCCACGCAGAAGCGGAGGGUCUGAAUACAGCACGGUCCAUAAAAAUAUAAUCAACUGGCAUGGCACCAUGAAGUUCGUAGUUAGAGAGCUCUUUGAUUUCUCUGUUUUCUCCAGAGGGAACCUGCGACAUCACAAGUGUUUCAUACUUCAAUAUUAAAGCUGAACCAACUUCUCAUCAUCCUGUAUACAAACCAAA